UUCAGCAAUCUGUGUUCAAAUAUUAAUUUUAACCACAAAAAUAUUUCCCCCUCAGGGACCUGUUAUUUGUCCACUGUUGUAUGCUUGAGUGGUCUGGAAGGGUUGAUCCCCUGAUAAUUAGUUUUGUAUCGAUUGAAAUUUUUUGGAAGCUUUCAACUUUGCUCAGGUAAUUGUAAUUCACCAGGUAUAUCUGCAUAUACGAUACCUGAGAUGAAAUAUAUGACCAGAGCCACUCAGGUGUAAGUUUGUAUUAAAGCUAAGCACUUUAAGGAGAAAAACAAACAAAAUGAAAAGGAAUAUAUAUAAGGUAACAUAUACACAUGAAUAAAGGCUUUUGAGUUAUUGUUGAAUUUCAUGCUUGAAUGAUGGGUCUUUGAGAGGUUAAGUAAGUUCUAAACAUGUGCAUAUAUAUACAGUAUGUAUUUCCUAUCAUCGUUGAAAUGAUCAAUGCUGAUCUGUGUGGCACAGCAGGAUAAUCAGACAUUGAGAUCAUAAGAGAUGGCACCUGGUACAUGUAAGAGAGGGCCGUAAGGAAAUAACAGCUGAGCCUGGGCAUCUACCUUCAUUUGGACUACGUUGGCAUCAGACUGUGAUAAUUUAGAACUACAACCACCAGCUUCUGCCACACUGAAAUUUUUUGACUUCACCUCAGAUGUAACAUUCAAAGGCUCAGGUGGAUUCGUACAGGAUUGGGGGAGUGUUGACAAACAGCUAAAGAAUUCUAUGAAAACCAUGGAACAUAUGGAGGACAUCCCUUCAGCUGAGGAGAUGGAGGUCUUGGCUAAACAGAAAUCUCACGAGCUGUUUGCGCUGUGCGACACAGAGGAGAAGGGCUUCAUCACCAAGCGAGAUAUGCAGAGACUGCAGACUGAGAUCGGCCUGGACCCCGAGCAGCUAGAGGCAGUGUUUGAUUCACUGGAUGAUGAUAAAAACGGAUACCUGACUCUGGAGGAAUUCACAUCAGGGUUUGGAAGUUAUCUGGGAAUAGCUCCUUCUCCUGAUGACAACAGCCUGAACAUGAGCGGAGGGGACCACUAUGAGGAGGAUAUGAUGGACAAGGCUGAGGAGGAGGAGAAACAGUUCAACAAUAUGAUGGAGAGCAUCGGGGCUGACCGGGUCAUUGAUGAUCGAGCGACAGUGAAAACCCUGUGGAUGAAGAUCAGACAUGAUGAGCCAGAACUGAUGUCAAACUUUGAGGACUUCCUCUACAAGAUAACCAAUGAUAUCCAGAGGGCCAGAGGAGAUUUCGAGUCACUGGAGUCUGCUCUCAAAAGUAAGAACACGGCACACGACCAGGAAAUUCAGAAACUUUAUGAGGAAAUGGAGUACCAGAUCAAACAAGAGAAAGAGAGGAUUCUGACAGAGGAGCAGCUGAAAGAGAGACAGAUGAGAGAAUCCAUGGAAGAGGAAUUGAAAGAAAAAGACAGGCAACUGCAGGAUCUCCUUGCCAAACACCAGGAGAUGGAAAAAAGGAUGAGUGAUUUGAACCAGACAGAGGUGGAAACAAAACUGGAGAAUGACAAAUUGAUGAAGGAGAAAGAGGCUUUAGAGGAGAUGUUACAGCAGUCCCAGGAAAGCCUGGAAGAAUCCAAGUCCUACAUAGGACAGCUGAGAUCCCAACAGAAGGACGAAAAACGUGAGAGAGCAAGAGCAGCUUUGCAUUUAACCGAAAAUAUUGCAUUAGAGAGAGAAAGUCUGGUCAAACAACUUGAUUUAUUGAGAGAUGUGAACAAGAAGCUUCGUGAUGACAAGGAUGAGGCAGAAACAAGGCGGUUUGCUGUCAGUGAGACGGACAGUUCAGAUGAUUUACACCAGAUUUUGGAGUCAGAAGCAAAUGCAAAGAGGCAGUGCUUCCGGAACCAGGAUCCAGCCAAACGCGGCUCCAUUCUCGGAAACUACUUCCCUCCAAGCAGAGGUAGAAUGGACUCCACCAAAGAAUCCGUCUCGGAGUUUUCGAACGACGAGGAUUUAGAAGAAUCUCCGCCUCAUCAUCACUCACUUCAUGACAUCACGGACAUCACUGAUGACAUAGAAUGCGAUGAUGAGGUCAUUUCACAUCAACACACACAGUCACUAGAUCAUGUAGAUAGUCAUUAUGGGAUAGGGACGCAGAGGUCAGAAAUUAAGGACAGCCACAACUUGGAUCAGACAACAAGUAGCGAUGGUGAAAUAAAUGUUAGAAAUACCAGAGAAAGGCACAAGCAGCACAAACGACAGAGAAAGAAAGCUCACAAAGCGACAGUUGACGAGAAUAGUUUGCACAAAACUAGAUUCCAUGGUGGUGGAAACUGUUUCAGCGAAGAUCUGGAGGAGGAAGGGGACAAUAUUGACCAGCAGGUGGCACCAGCGUAUGAAAACUUAUUGAACGGCGACCAAAGGAGAGAAUCCAUAUUCAUGGAAACAAUGGAGGAUUACAUGAGGCGACUGGACAAACAUUCACAUCAAGAACAAACACUAGCCCCUAGUGAACAAAAAUCAGUAGCAGCACCUGCUUUUAAAACAGAAGUUCUAGAGAGAGGGGGUAACCGAAAGUGGUCCAUGGGUGCUACUAGAAAAUCAAUGGUUGAUACAUCACAUACUAACAUAAUGGAAGACAGUGAAGACCAGUUAGAUGGAAAUGGCAUCGUUCCUGAAAGUCCAAGGGGGCAGCCUGUUGGAGAGGACAAGACUGAUGAGGAAGUGACUCCACCCCCCAGACAGAGGCUGUUUAAGGUCGUGUUUGUGGGAGACUCAGGGGUUGGCAAGAGCAGCUUCAUACAUCGCUUCUGUAACGAUCAAUUCAACCCAACAUUCAGUGCUACCAUAGGUGUAGAUUUUCAGGUGAAGAGUAUAGUGAUGGAAGGGCAGGUGAUUGUGCUCCAGUUGUGGGACACAGCCGGCCAGGAAAGGUUUCGAAGUAUCACCAAGCAGUACUUUCGAAAAGCAGACGGAGUGAUUCUGAUGUACGACGUUACAACUGAAGCCACCUUUACCAAUGUCAGGAACUGGAUCACUAGUAUCCAGGAGGGGGUGGAAGAAGGAACAGCCUUGGUUCUUGUUGGUAACAAGACAGACUUGAUUGAAGAGCAGGACAGAAGAGCAGUGAAAGUCAAGGACGGCAACAAAUUAGCUGCUGAAUAUGAUGCCUCCUUUUUUGAAGUCAGUGCCAAGUCUGGAACAAAAGUAAAGGAGUGUAUGGAAUCUCUGGCCAGAAUUUUAAAGGAAAAAGAAGAUGAUGAGAUUGAAAAAGCCCUUCAUUUGGAAGAUGGUGUUAAGAAGAAAAAAGGUGGAUGCUGUAGUUGAUGCCUAAAGAAAGAUUAAUGAUAAUAAUAUACUCAGUUUAUGAAGGAACAUAUCAGCUGCUGUCUUGUGUGGUGCAAUUCCAAAGCUUUGGGUGUUUAUAUUUACCUCACAAACAAGGAAGUCCUGUAUUUUGUCUUUUCCUUGAUGCUUCCCCUGUUUUCGUUUGUUGUCCCAAGUUGUUGACAUUCUAGCAAUUGAUUUCUCUGUUUUAUUUGUAUAUUCCAUAAUAACUGAUCUCCAUGGUUAUAGAAAUCCAUUAUUAUAGUGCAAUAAUUUAGUUGUUUUUAUUAACUGUUUCCGUUAUGAUUUACAUCAACUUGUGUCUUUUUUAUUCUAAUAUUUACAGAACUAUUUUUAGAAAGGUCUGCAUUCUCUUGAUUUUCAUAAAUCGUCUUUUUUUUUAAAAGAAAGAAUAUGCCACUUAUAGUUGAUCAUGAUUAUUUCUUCAAAGUAGAGAUACUUGUUCCAGUGUCCUCUGAUUUGUGUGAUUGUAUAGCUGUUGUAUUUACAUGCACUGUUGUCUAAGACUUUUAUGUUGAAGUGGUGGUCAUACUGCUAGCAUGUACAGUGUACAUGUACAUGUAUGUUUCAUAUUGAUACAUAGGCAGUUUUUUUUUUCUAUUUUCUUACAUUAAAAUACAUGUACAUGUAUAACAUGCAUUUGGUGUAGCAUUAUUGUAUGUUACAUGUGCUUGAUGGUUUAGAAUUUUUUAAUUUAUUGAAUUUAAUAAAUGAAUAAUGUCUCUUUAGCCCUUUUAAGAUUUAACAAUAUCAACUGAAUUUUUAAGUUUCCAAUUUUUUUUUUACAUGAUAUUGUAAUCCACAUGUACUCAAAUUUUCAUUUUAUAGUUUAGCAACACAUUCAACAAAUCCCUGAUUUUUUAAUUUUUUUUUUUUUAUAUUUUUCAGUUUAAAAUCACCAUUAUCUCUUUUAAAAGUAAGGGGUAGGGAGACAUGUGGCAUUGGUAUACUUCGUUAGAGAAAACAAAUUAAGGGUGCUAUGAUCAAGAUGGGUUUUACUAUUUUAUUUUGUGUAAAAUACAUGUAUUGUUAUUCCAAACAUUUUGUUGCAAUUGUUUUUCAUGAAAGAAUAGUUAUUUUUUUAUUAUUUUAUAUAUGUAUUGUGGUGUUUUACUACAUUUCAUAUUGUUUCAAUGAAGGAACAGAAUUUUUAUCAUUUCAUCAUAGAACAAACACAUUUAUGUUUACACGUAUGAUGUUUUAUCAUUUGUGCAAUUGUUGCAAGAACAUUCUAUUACCUGUUCUAGCAAUUUUUUUCCAAAUUAUUCCAAUUAAACUGUUUCAAGAG